AUGAGCUCCUGGAUCAACGAGGCCGCUGUCCCCAACCACAAUGGCAACGGCUUCCCCCAUAUCAACGACCCAUCCGCAGUUGCCGCCUCCAUGAUGGAUCCGUCCGCGUUCAUGGGCAAUCCCACCCAGUUCAAUGCGCAGUUUGCGAACCCACAACAGAUCGUCAUGCCCAACGGCCCCAUGCGCAAUGCAUCGCCCUCGUUCCCAAACCCCAUGUAUCAAACCAACUCGGUCGUCCCAUCAAAGCGCCCGCGCCCGAGAGACGAUACCAUCGGCCAGUCACCACGGCCGGCCCCUGGAAUGAUCCCCACCUCACGCGCCGAGACGCCGCAGCAGUCUAGCUUUCCAAACUUUCCGCAGCCGGGCAUGGCGCAACAGCCGUCCGGCCAGCCAUCGCCAUACCCACACCUCCAGGCUAAUGGCUCCGCGAAUGCGACGCCGUCUCCCAUCAUGGCGAACCAAAUGCGCCCAGGGAGCGUCCCCCAAAGAGUCGCGUCGACCUCCCCACACCCUUUCUCGCCUGCCGCGCAACAAUUUCCCCAGGCGUCUCCCAUUCCCUCUGACCAUAGCGGCACGCCACAGUCCUUUAUGCAGCAGAAUAGCUUCCCACCCAACUUCAAUCCCCAAUUCAGCGCCGCCCAAUCCCCUGCGAGGCCUUCACCUUCGCCAAAUCCAAUGGGCGGCCAGAUGAUGUCUCAGCAAAUGGGACAAAUGCAGAUGGGACAGCUACCCCAGAACAUGCAUCAACAGAUGCAGCAAAUGGGGCAGUCUCCGGGGCAGAUGCCGGGCCAAAUGAUGGCGAACCAACUGCCGGGAGGUAUGCAAGGACAAAUGGGGGGUCAGUUGCCUGGCCAGAUGCCAAACAUGAUGUAUCAACAGCAGAUGGGCCAGCCGCGGAAUGCCCUCGAGCAACAAAAGCUCCUGUACCAGAUGCAACUACAGCAACAAGCUCAGCGGACCAGCAUGCAGAUGCAGCAGAUGGGUGGCCAGAACAUGAUGCAGGCUCAGCAACAAGCACAGCAGCAGCAACAACAUCAGCAACAGCAACAGCAACAGCAAGGGCAGCAGGGGCAGCAACAACAGCAACACCCCAGCCAAGCGCAGGUUCAGGCCCAGGCACAAGCUCAGGCGCAAGCGCAAGCGCAGGCACAGGCUAGGAACAUGAUGGCUGCGAGACAAGGCAUGCCCAACGGCCAGAUGCCACAGGGCGGGAUGCGCCCACAGCAAGGAGGUCCGCCGCAGCCUAUGAUGCGACUGCCUCCCCCGGAACAGUUCAUGAAGCAUUUGGCGACGUUCAUGAGCUCGAAGGGCCUUCCGCUUGAUUUGCACCCUGUCAUUGACAACCGUCCCAUCCCACUGUACAACCUGUUCCAGCUCGUGUACACAAAAUUCGGCGGGUACCGGAAUACCACACAGUCCAAUGGCUGGUUGCAGGUCACGCAAAUCAUGGGGUUUGCAGGCCAGCAGAUUCCGUCAGUGGCGCAACAGCUGAAGGGUGUGUACGAACGUAACUUGAUCAAAUACGAAGAGCUCUGGGCUGCUCAACAAAAAAUGCGCAUGCAGCCGCAAGGAGGUAUGGCCAACGCCCAGGGGAUGCAACAAGGAACACCAACAAAGGGGAUGCCACCUGGUCAAAUACCUCCUCAUAUGAUGCAACCCGGACAGCAAGGACAACAGCACCCGCCCCAAAUGCAGUCACCAGUUAAGCCGCCGGUACCGCAGCAGCAAGCUGUCAACGGCUUCCCCGGCGGCCAGCCAAGCCCGGCCCAGCAGCAAAUUCUGAACAAUCAAGGCCAUGCUCGCAAUAGCAUGUCUCGGAGCGUGCAGCCUACGCCAACAGUCGACGAGUUUCCCUUGCCGUCGCCAGCCCAAGCCAAAGCUGGCCCCGCUUCACUACCGGGUUCCGCUCAUCCCGAGAGUCAAGGUGCAUCCGGCGACGCGACGCGCCCCAUGAAGUUCCCCGCCCCGUUCUCGUCAAAUCCGGAGGAGUACAUGCCUUGCUCUCGCGAAAUCACGACAUUGGGGGGGUUUGAAGUCGAUGCACUAAAGAAGAUUGGCGAAGACUUGGAGAGAUCAAGGAUUGAUGUUCCGCUGCCUAUCGAUUUUGGCAAUGUGGACAUACAUGCUCUCACGAAGAGCAUCCAAAGUGGUCUCCAUGGUGAGGUACGUUUGGCACUCGACACCCUCGCGUCGAUAACGUGGAGCGAUUUCCAUUUUGUCGGUCCGCAGCCGAUUGUCAUUCCCCAGAUCGACCUCCGUCACUGCGACGACCUGGUGGAAGUAUUGGUGGAGUGCGCGGAAGAACAACUGGAUCUCCUCGUAGAGAACUCGGAGGAAGCAUCCAACGAGAUCACCAUCCCGGCAUACGAGGAGAUUGUACGCGCCUGUCGAGCCGAGCAGUGGGCGUUGAAUACUGUCACUAUCUUCGGGACACAGCCGUAUGAGCUCGACCGUGCGGUGGAGCGACUGAUCUGUAUCACGACGAUCCUUCGCAACCUGUCGUGGCGAGAGGAGAACCACGCGGCCCUAGCGGAUGACACAGUUAUCAAGUUCAUUUGCGUCUUGAUUAGAUAUCUGGGCACACGCGAGAUGCUGCUCCGCACCAACGCCAACACUUUGGACUUGAUGAAGGACCUAGUGACGCUGCUUUCGAACACGACGAGCGCAAUGGAAAUACCCGGUCGGGAGCAAGCAUUCUGCCUACUGCAGUUCCUGCUCGCCUUUGCGCCCUCGCCAGGACCCACGGUGUCCGAUGGCAGACUAUAUUUCCCGUCUUACGAACCAAACCUCCACCCUUACCUCCCCCACGCCGUCGACUCCCUCGCCAAGCUCCUCGCUAGGGACGAACCUAACCGGACCCAUUACCGCAACAUCUUCGCCGCCGAAGCCUCCGUUACUACCUCGCCUCUCUGCGAGCUUCUCACCCGCACAUUCGGCCUCGCCAUUUCCCCGAUACCUGAUCUCCAGCGUGAUCAGCCACCACCACGUCACCCGAACCAACCGCCGGUCAUUGUUAGCGAAGCCCGUAAGCCCGUGCUCAUGCAAGGUCUCCUCGCCGCCGACAUUAUGGCGGGGCUUGCGCCGGGCUAUGAGACCGGUGUCACCCGCGCCUGGCUCGGGUCCGGUCAUGGCUUUGCCCAAAAUCUUUUUGGGCUCGUCCGGCAACUCAGCGUACAAUUCGAGAACCAAAACCCGCGCCCCACAGGCGGUCCGCGUGGUCAGCCGAAGCGCGAUCCCGAUUUGGUGUACAUCGUGAGCCUAGCCGCGAGUAUGCUCCGAAAGCUAACCGAGAAGGCGCUUGACCCGGUAGAUCCAGCGGGAGAACACAGUAUCCCACCGGAGGUACUGCCGGCAAAGGACGCGGUCUUGCCGGUACUACAACUGCAGGCGCAGGAAUGGGGCAAAGAAGGUGUGUUGUCGAACUUGGUGGGGUUUGUAAACGUAGUCGAGAAGGGGCUGCGGAGGAGAUGA